AUGUUGGGUGAAAUGGGUGAAGGUAAAGGCAAGCCACCAGCUAAGGUAGGAUGGCAGGUGCGCCUCUGCCGCCCGUUGCUUCCUCUUGGGUCUUACCAUGCCAUCAUAGACAAGGUGAGAAAGGACCAACCAGACCGGGGAGUAAAGGAAGGCAGGUCCUAUCAUCACUCGCUCUCUGCCUGUCUAGGUAUCUAUCUCUCAAACACCUUUCUGUUCUCGCACUCUGAUUACCUGAAUUUUACGCAAUGGAGCCAUCCGCCGCUGCCCACCAUUCAUCGGAAAACCUACUCAGAAAUGGACGUAGCGUUCCGAAGGGUGGGUACCCCCGUCACAGAAGCUCCAGAGGUACAUGCUUCACAGGCCCGCUCACUCAUUAAGGUACGAAGUAUGGACGGUAAGGCGUGCCAAUCCAUCCCUCCUCAACCGCGUAUCCGUUAUAAUACCUUGCCAUACGAAGGACAGAGCACUCGUACGCCCAUACCUAGCCUUAGCUACAGUGUUCCUAUUACACUCGUGGCACAGUGGGCUGAAUCCGUAUCUAAGCUCCCCUUCAGCCCGGCGCCACGCCCACUCAGUUCCCAGCCCGCUUCUCCAAAGACAUCCACACGGUCAUUCACUGAUGAUUCAACUUCCAAUGAGUCCCAACUCAUCCCGUCCCAUCUCAAAACCGAACUUGUCCUCACCAUUGGGCAUCUCAUCGCAUUAGGGACCUCUUCAGCGAGCCCCCAAAACACGCCAAUUCGCCGCUCUCAAACGCCGUCGGGCUCAUACUUCCAUGUUCCACCCCCGACUUCCGAGUCCUCAAUGAUUAUCUCCGGCCCCGUUCAUCUUUCUCGCUCUCGUGAAGGCAAGGCAGAAAAACUUUCAAGACACAAAAGAUUGCCAUUGAUCCAUCAUCCCCGUGGCUCUAGCCUCUCAGUCUUCCUCUCAUACACCCGGGGACCCACCACCAUCACCACACCAUUGAUCCCUUAA